AUGAGUUACGUACAAAGGUCUGAAAGAAGUGGAUUUUAUAACAAGACCAAUAUCCCAGACAUUAAAGAUCUCAGUGAUCACGAGAGAGUGAUCAUAGAGGUCGUGACCUAUGUGUUCCUGUGCGGAGGAGUCUCCAUUUUCGGGAUAGUCUCCAACGUGGUGAACAUGGCCAUCUUCUUCAAGCAAGGUCUCCGUACCACCAUGAACAUCAGCUUCUUCUCGCUGGCCAUUUCCGACGUCUGCAGCCUGGUCACCCUCUUCUGGUUCAGCCUCUGCAUGAAUCCUUUGUUCGAGAACUCGGACGUGCCGUUCAUCUCCAGGGAGAUUCAAUACCUGACCGGAGGCUGGCCGUCCUUCUGCUUCGCCCGCAUCACCAGCUUCAUCACCUCCUACAUCACCGCCGAGCGCUGCCUCUGCAUCAUCUCUCCUCUAAAGGUCAAACACAUCAUCACUCCUAAGCGGACCCUGGUCACCAUCGUUUUCAUCUACAUCUUUAUCUUCCUCUCUACUGUCCCAGAGUAUGCUUCCUCCUAUAUUUCCUGGAAGCAUCAUCCCAUUAGGAACCAAAGUGUUCUCGGCCUGGUCUUUUACCCGAACAGAAAAGACAUUGAAGGCCUUGGCUUCGUCCUGAACGCCAUUCUGGGAACGUUCUCCUACAUUCUAAUCAUUCUUUUCACCACCAUCUUAGUCUGCAAGCUCAGGCAAGAGAACAAAUGCCCCACUAAGAACUGUAUCAAACCAGACAAACCGGAACUGGUGACCAACAGGAAGAAAGCAGUAAACAUGGUCCUGAUCAUCGCUGUUAUAUCCAUCGUGUGUUCAACUCCGUGCAUUAUUUUCUCGUUAGUUUCAUUUUUUGAGCCGGAGUUCAGCAUUUUAGGAGGCUACUGUAACAUCUUUCAUGUCGUCUGGUCGUUUGGCUUCCUGUUCACGGGCAUUAACUCUAGCGUGAACGCCAUUCUCUACUACCAAAUGAGUUCCAAGUAUAAGAAAAGUUUCCACGACAUGUUCUUCGGGAACUACAGAAUCAACAGCCUGGUUCUAAAGGACAACAACAGUGGACUGUCCAACUCUCUCAAACAUUUUCAUAGCAGAGGUUUUCAGACUUUCCUACCUGAUGUCAAUAAACAGAAUGAAACAUAA